UACACUUGACGUCAAGAGCAUGUGAAACCGAAAGUACUUCUUUGUAAAUACACAGUUAAUUUCUAUUGUCUAAUAAUUGCCAAACAAAAAAAUUGAUCUACAAAGGAAUGGAAGUUUCCGGGAAAAGAGUGAAAAACACAAAGGACCUGAUUUUAAAUGUAAAUUGUGAGCCGUGUGAAGACGAUGAUAAACAAACAAUCGCAAACGGUUUUUGUAGGGAAUGCGAGCAGUAUAUGUGUACUCAAUGUUUUCAACACCAUCGCAAAGGGAAAUUUUGCAAAGAUCAUGAACUUUUAGACAGAAGAGGAAUGCAGUUACAAGGUAGCCGGAAGGAGGAGGAUAAGGGAAGUGAAAAAUGUCAGGACCACGAAGGCGAACCAAUAAAGUUUUACUGCCCGAAACACGUGCAAGCUGGAUGUGGAGAUUGCAUGAUUCUUGAACAUAAAACAUGCGAAGUGGAGUAUAUUCGUGAUAAAGCAGCGACAUUCAAGGAGAGUAAAGAGUUUCAGACUUUCGUUAGAGCUGUUGGGGCAGGCGUAAAGGUCGUUGAACAACUUGAGACUGCUAUAAAGGAGAAGGCAAAGAAUAUCAGAGAGGUGCAUGCACAAUAUAAGAAUGACGUUGAAACCUUUAGAGACAAACUAAUCAAUCACGUGAAGAAAUUGGCAAAUGACAUGCUGAAAGAAGGUGACGAGGUUUUCUCUGAAAACCAAAAGUAUGUAUGUGCACUAGAAAAGGAAACUCAGGACCUGGUAAAGGAUGUGUCUGUUUUAAACCAGACAAUCGAGUCAUCCGUUGAACUGCCACAAAAACUUUUUGUCUCUACUGUCAAGUCCAUGCCUAAACUCAAUGCCAUUGAGGAGCGACUUUCACGCCUAAAAGAAAAGAAGGGUCCAAAGAAGUACGAGUUUAGCCGUAACCCCAAACUACAGCUAGCACUGACAAAGUGUGAAGUAUUAGGUACUACACGAAUGUUCACAGAUAACAAAGAUGAUGUACCAGAUGCAGCAACAGAAAAGAUUCAAGCAAGCCAGAGUUCUGAUCUAUAUGGACAAAUAAAUCAUCAGUCGUUAUUACAAAGACAACUUUGGGCCAACAACAUGACUGUGGAUGGUAAUUACAUAACUUUUGUGGACGACGGAAGGAGAGGCGUUGGAAUUUACGCUGAUAAAUUUGAAAUGAAAAAUCAGCGAUAUUUCGAAGUGAAGAUAGUAUGCUGGGGUGUUCGCGGAGCAAUAGGUGUAGGAGUAGUUCCCGAAGAUUAUCCACAACACAGUUUUCCAGGAUGGAGCAAGGAUUCCAUUGCAUACCAUGCUGAUGAUGGAGGUUUAUUCUACCAAAAAGGACAGGGCGACUCAUUUGGACCAGUAUGCAAGACAGGAGACCGAAUAGGCUGUGGCAGAUCAACUGAUGAUUCUGAAGAUAGUGUGGUGUUCUUCACGCACAAUGGUGUAAAGAUUGGACAUAGGAAACUGACACGAGAAAUGACUAUGAAGAAAUUAUAUCCAGCAAUAGGACUGCAUUCGCGAGGUGAAAAGGUGAAGGUUUUCUUGGAUGCAGAAGCGCCGAAUUAGUGGUUUAAACCCUCUAUCUAUAUCGGUUACUGACACUGCAACCUGUAUUGUUUUGUAAGUGGUAUAACUUUAGGUGAUUUUUUGACGAAACAAAUGUCAGAUUUGAAGAGAAAUGUGGCUUAUUUUUAAACAUUCCUUGAAUGCGUCACAAAAGAUUUGGUUAAAAAACCCUAAUCAGGGAAUGUUCUAAAUCUGCAAUAUUAAAGAAGGCUACAAAAAUAAAACAUAAAAUUUACAAUCCAUACUCAUCGUAUCAUUUUCAGAGUUCAGAGGAGUGUUACUUCACACUUUUAAUACUUUUGUUGAGCUACAAUAUUAUAUAUGGACAUGUAUACUGGACAUCACUAUUCUCGCGGUAUCACUAAUCUCGCGGUAUUGCAAUUACAUUGUUAUAUAUGGACAUGUACACAAUGUAUAGUAUUAUAUUUUUGUAAACUAACAUUUUAUAGAUGAUCAGAUAUCUAAGCUGAUUUGAUUAAUGUACAUGUUAUGUCUUGUUUCUGCUGCUCCAUUCCUUAAACGAUAUGUAACAUCUAUAUGAUACUUUAUAUUUUAUUGCCAUUUUAUUACCUCCCCUUAUUGUUGCUUCAAUGUCCCCUUUUCCAUCGCUUGACUGCAGUUUUUCUAUCAUUUGUAUUCUUAUUUUUAAUACGCUUUUUGCCACGUUGACGUUCCCGUCCAAACGGACGUGACGUCGUUUGUAUUGUACGUUAUUAUUUCUGACGAAGACAUAAGAUUUGAAUGUGUUGUCUUGGUAAUUAUAAAUCCUUUUCAUAUUGUAAAGAUUUACCCUAAGCCUUCUUUACGCAAGGGAAACAAUCUUAUUAUAUAGUGAAAUUGUUGAGUAAACACCGUUUCUUAAUCCUAAUCCUGUCCAUGUUAUAUCAGUGCAAAGGAAAAGUAACCUGUCUAUGAUAAAUGCCAUGUAUAAUUACACAGUUAUGCACCUAACAGUCUUGAAAUUGAUUUCUUCGAUUUUCUCAUAUUUCUAGAUAUUUUUCCCAUACUUUGACGCAUAUGUAUGGGUAGUUGAGAUUGUUCUCUUUCCAGCAGUAGCCUUUUCAACAUAUUUCACCUUGUGAAAUUCUGUGGGUUUUGACUUUUUUAAAAAAAUCGUCUGUUUGUUGACAAAUUUCACCACAAAAAAUGUCCUGCUUUCCCCAGGGCAAUCAAUUAUUUGAUCUUUACAUAGUUUUGUAUUCAGGUUGCUAAUCCAUGUGGCAAAUAUGCAUGCUUUUUUAUGGUUAGAGGUAAAAAGUGGGUAGUUUGGAUGAGGUACUAGGUCAAUUGUCACCUAAGCCUAUCAUAAAGUCUUUGCGGAGUUGUCUCCAUUUUUUCAAAAUAUUUCAUCUGGGAUCAUUUUUUUCAGCUCAGAUAACUCUUUUUCAGGAAAUGAUUUUAAUAAUUUUUUCAGUCCUUGUAUUCUGAUGCAGUUAAAUUCAUAUACAUAUAAUACAGAUAGCUCCUGCUUGAAGUUUGUAUUUUCAGUUACAAUGCCUACAUAUUGCAGUCAUAAUAUAUGCAGCUGAUUCCUUUUGGAUUAAUCUUGUUGCCAUAUUCAAUAGCUCUUUAGCUCACCUGAGCACAAAGUGCUCAAGGUGAGCUUUUGUGAUCGCCCUGUGUCCGUCGUCCGUCGUCCGUCCGUCGUCGUCAACAGUUUGACUGUUAACACUCUAGAGGUCACAAUUUUGGCCCAAUCUUAGUGAAACUUUGUCAGAAUGUUACCCUCAAUAAAAUCUUGGACGGCUUCGAUAUUGGGUCAUCUGGGGUCAUAAACUAGGUCACUGGGUCAGAUCAAAGGAAAAGCUUGUUAACACACUAGAGGUCACAAUUUUGGCCCAAUCUUCAUGAAACUUGGUCAGAAUGUUACCCUCAGUAAAAUCUUGGAUGAGUUUGAUAUUGAGUCAACUAGGUCACCACGUCAAAUCAAAGGAAAAGCUUGUUAACACUCUAGAGGUCACAAUUUUGGCCCAGUCUUAAUGAAACUUGGUUAGAAUAUAACCCUCAAUAAAAUCUUGGACGAAUUCGAUAUUGGGUCAUCUGGGAUCAAAAACUAGGUCACCAGGUCAAAUCAAAGGAAAAGCUUUUUAACACUGUAGAGGCCACAUUUAUGACUGUAUCUUCAUAAAAUUUGGUCAGAAUGUUAAUCUUGAUAAUCUCAAGGUCCUUUGUGGAUAUGGAUCAUGAAGGGUCAAAAACUAGGUCACCAGGUCAAAUCGAAGAAAAAGCUAGUUAACACUCUAGAGGCCACAUUUAUGACCAUAUCUUAAUGAAACUUGAUCAGAAUGUUAAUCUUGAUGAUAUAUAGAUCAAGUUGAAAUCCGGGUCAGAUGGAGUCAAAAACAAGGUCACUAGGUCAGAUCAAAAGAAAAGCUUGUUAACACUCUAUAGGCCACAUUUAAGACUGUAUCUUCAUGAAACUUAGUCAGAAUGUUAAUCUUGAUGAUCUUUAGGUCAAGUUUGAAUCUGGGUCUUAUGGGAUCAGAAACUAGGUCACCGGGUCAAGUCAAAGGAAAAGCUUGUUAACACUCUAGAGGUCAUGAUUUUGGCCCAAUCUUAAUGAAACUUGGUCAGAAUGUUACCUACAAUACAUUCUUGGACGAGUUCGAUAUUGGGUCAACUAGGGUCAAAAACUAGGUCACCAGGUCAAAUCAAAGGAAAAGCUUGUUAACACUGUAGAGGCCACAUUUAUGACUAUAUCUUCAUGAAGCUUGCUCAGAAUUUUAAUCUUGAUAAUCUCAAGGUCCAGUUUGAAUCUGGGUCAUGAAGGGUCGAAAACUAGGUCACCAGGUCAAAUCGAAGAAAAAGCUAGUUAACACUCUAGAGGCCACAUUUAUGACCAUAUCUUAAUGAAUUCCUAGGUCAGGUGAGCGAUACAGGGCCUUCAUGGCCCUCUUGUUUUACGAACGAAUGAUGUUUACAUAAUUUCCAUAAUGUUAAAAGUAAAUUCUUUAAAAGAUUAGUACGUUUAAAAGAUUAGAAGCUCAACCUGACUGGUUCACGGAUGAUAUAAAUAUAGAGAAUAUUAGGUUACUGUCUGAUAAAUUUAAAUUAAUUAGGCGAGUUGAAGAAAAUAUAUUAGGCGAGGCUCUGUCGAGCCUUACAUUUUUUCGUAGACGAGCCUAAUAAAUUUAGUUUUUUUCAGACAGUAAUCUAAUAUUCUAUUUAUACUACCUGUUCAGAAAAUUAGGAAAAAGUCGUUGGAAAGAGCAACAGCGUGCAGACUUUACGUCAUAUAUGACGUUACGCUCAUUGUUGGCGUACAUUAGCGUAACUGACGUUAGCGUCGUUUUUAGCCGUUUAGACGUUAAAGGGAUUACUUGGGGUGGUUGGACUACAGUUUUCAUAAAUCAUGUCGUUUCGAUAUUAAAGGAAAUAUUUGAUAUAGAUGUACUAUAUAAUAUUUAUUCAGUAUAAUUAUUUAUCAGACAGUGAAUUAUAUUGCGGUGUUCAGAUACAAUUGUAAUACAUAUACAUUAUUUAGUUUUCAAACGUAACGUCGACGUUACAUUAAUUUCACGGCUGUGACAUCUCGGCUAGAUUUUGCAAUUUUCAUGUGUUAAAUUUAAUUCAGAUUCAACGUAAGACUUAUGCAUAUCAAUUUGCAGACAAUUGUAUGUACUUUCAGGCUGUAGUCGCUGUUUUGUUAACAAAUACAUAUUUCUUUAAAUAUUUCGGCAUGUAACAACUUCGUAAUUUUAUUUUUUGCAUUUUUUGACACGUGAGAUAUAGCGGCUAGAUUAAAGUAUACAUAUAUUAAACGCUGUUAUCAAAGUCAAUAUACGACAAAAACUUACUAAUUCAAAAGUAGAAUGUAUGUACUUUUUGUCAAAAUAAAUAUUAUAGAAAGCAUACAAUAGUAAAAGAAAAUACAGAAAUUUUAACAAAUCCUGUCGAGGGAAGACAUUAAGUCUUACGUUUUAAGUUGGAUCUGUCUUUUCCUUCCUGUUUGCUAAAGGAAGUAUUGAACAGCAAAUGACUGCAAUGACGUCAAAUAUAGUUAACGUCACGUCACCGAGUCUUCUUAUUUGACGGAAAAUUUUUUUUUUAUGGAUUUACCAAGCCGUUAAAUAAUGCGCAUUGGUGAAUUCUGUUACAUCUUAAAUGACGUUUUAGUGUUGUUUUCUAUUAUUCUAUGUCGAAUUAAAUUUUUACUGAUUGUUAAACGUAAAUGCGAUCAUAUUUACUUGGAGAGAUUGUUUUGCCUUUCUUGUGAUAUAAGAAGAUAAACAACCGUAUUUCUAAAACGAAUUUCAUGAAACAUUGAAGUGAACGAAACUGAAAAAUUUCCGAUGUUCGCCAACAACGUACGCAACGUCUCAUAUAUAUAUUGGGCCUAUAUAUGACGUUUGCUAGUGUAAUUCAGUUUGUGGAAAAUUGAAACAAAUGCAAUAACUUUUUUGUUUCUGGAUAAAAACUUUUGAUUUUACCACUUAUUUUCUUAGUUAGAACAUUUCCAAUACAAUGACAACAGUUUCAAUGAAAAAUUCGGAAAAAAAUUUCAAAAUUCCCGGCUGAAGUGCUGUAAAAGUGAAAAAUAGCAAUAAUGUUUUUUGUUUCAGGAUAAAAACCUUUGACUUGACCACUCAUUUUCUAAGUUCAGACAUUUCCAAUACAAUGGUGAUGAUUUAAAUGCAAAAUUUUGAUAAAAUAAGUGAUUUCAAAAGUUCCCGCAAAAAUGAUAUCUUGACACUGACUAGAUAAAGCAAAGUUUAUUAGGCAGGCCGAUAUUGUGCUAUAUCUUAUAUGAGGGUAGGAUAAAAGAGGCAGUCUAUCUAACAGAUUAUUUUUACAAUAGUAAAGACCUCGACAGUUAAAAGAAAACCAGAAAUAGAGUGUCAUAUUUAAGGCUAAUGGUACUUUGCGGAACGGAACGGAACAAGUUAAGAGGCACCCCACGUGGUAUAAUCAAAAUGUAAAAAGCAAUUCAACGUUCCGCAAAGUACCACCGUAUUAGACCUUCCUGGUACCAUUAGCCAUAUUUACAACGGAAAAGUAAAAAACAUCAUUUUACAAUAAUGCAAUAAAAAAAGCCAAAGUUUCCUUUGGAAAAGUUUGAAAAAUAUAUCCAAUACGGAUAAAAAUAAUCAGGAAAUAAUUAUUCCAAAUACACUUGUAACGGAAAACAGUGAAGUAAUAGAUGGAGAACUUAAUAUAAUAAAUGCCCUAAACGAACACUUUAUAAAUAUUUCAAAUAUUUUUGAUAAAACUAAAUUUGUCAGUGACAAAUUUUCAAUUUUAAAACAUUAUCUAGAUGAAAAUUUGAUUUCAAUACUCCUUUGGAAAUCAAAAAUAUCUUAUCUAAAAUUGAUUUUAAAAAAUCUACUUGGUUAGACGGAAUAAGCCCCAAGAUUCUACACGACUUUGGAGAUUUCAUAACUCCAGCUAUCACAUCUAUAAUAAAUAAAAGCACACACGGUGGUGUUUUUCCCGAUAGAUUAGAAUAUGCUUACGUUUAGUAAUUCCAAUUUUUAAAAAAGGGAAUAAGCAGAAUCCAGGUAGUUAUAGACCUAUUUCAAUUUUGCCUACCAUAUCUAAGAUAUUUGAAAGACAUAUUGCUUCACAGUUGCAGUUAUAUUUCAAAAAGACAAAUAUUUUACACAAAAAAAAAAAACAAUCAGGUUUUCGUCCUGCUCAUUCAUGCUACACUGCUGUAACACUUAAUUGAUACAUGGUUGAAAGAUGUUGACAGUGGUAAAUAUGUAGGGUCCGUAUUUCUUAAUCUUCGAAAAGCAUUCGAUCAUGUCGACCAUGAAAUAUUACUACACAAACUAAAGCUUUAUCACUUCACAGAUAACUCACUGAAAUUAUUUGAAUCAUAUCUGUCGAAAAGAACGUUAGUUAAAAUUAGAAAUUUAUAUUCUAAAAAGCUGUUUGUAAAGUCCUGAGUUCCACAAGGCUCGAUUUUAGGACCUUUACAAUUCAUUUUAUAUAUAAAUGAUAUGUCAGUUAUUUCAGACACUAUUAAUAUUGACAUGUAUGCUGACGAUUCCACUGUUUAUAAAUCCGACAUUGACAUUUCAUUUAUAGAACAAAAGCUCCAAAAUAAUCUUAGCCUCAUUAACACAUGGUGCAAAAUAUAUAAUAUGUCAUUGCAUCCGGAAAAAAAGAAAUGUAUGCUUAUAAGUACAAUUUAUAAAAUGAAACAAGCAAGGAAUUUUGAACUGUUUAUCAAUGGAACGAUAAUUGAAAAUGUAACAAGACAAAGUAUUCUUAAAAUCUGUAUAGAUAAAAAUUUAACGUGGCAUACACAAGUUUGCAAUGUUGUGAAUGAAGGCUUAUCUCUUCCUUUCUACCGAUGAAAUGAAGAUGUUAUAUUAUGAUGCAUAUAUUAUGUCAACCAUGGACUAUUUCAGUACUGUAUGGGUGCUUGCCUGUAAAUCAGAUACUGAUAAUAUAUAAUAUACAAAACAGGGCAAUUCGUGUAAUAACGAAAAAAUGUAUAAGUAGCGUGUUCAAAAAUCUGAAUCUGCUCACUUUUGAAAACAGAUGCAAUUAUCACAUGGCUAGUACCUUGUGCCAAAAUAUAUGUCUGAAUUAUUACCUUUUGCUCGCAACGAUAGAUAUAAUCUUCGUUCUUCGGCACGCAAAGAUCUUUCUCAGUUCAAGCCCCAAACAAACUACUUCAAACAAACAUUCUUAUACAAAGCCACACAUUUAUGGAAUUCAGUUCCAUCAAACGUCGAACUGCAAGAUAAUUUAUCUUCAUUUAAACGCAAAAUUAAGGAUUACGUUACUAAUACUGAGAUGGUUUUUAGCUCACCAGAGCACGAAGUGCUCAAGGUGAUCUAUUGUGACCGGUCAUUGUCCGGCGUCCGUCGUCGUGCGUCGUGCAUCGUGCGUCAAUAUUUGCCUUGUUAACACUCUAGAGGCCACAGUUUUAACCCAAUCUUUAUGAAACUUGGUCAGAAUGUUUGUCUUGAUGAUGAUCUAGGUCAAGUUCGAAAUUGGGUCAUAUGGGGUCAAAAAACAGGUCAGUAGGCCAGAUCAAAGGAAAGUCUUGUUAACACUCUUAGAGUCCACAUUUAUGACCCUAUCUUCAUGAAACUUGGUCAGAAUGUUUAUCUUGAUGAUCUUUAGGCCAAGUUUGAAUCUCAAGGUUGGGUAAAAAACUAGGUCACUAGGCUUAAUCGAAGAAAAAUCUUGUUUACACUCUAGAUGCCACAUGUUUGCUCCAAUAUUCAUGAAACUUGGUCAGAAUGUUUAUCUCCUUGAAAACUCGGACGGGUUUGAAACUUUGUCAUGUGGUGUCAAAAACUGGGUCACUAGGUGAAACAUGUUUACACUGUUAUGGUGUGUUACUCUGGUGAGCGACCUAGGGCCAUCUUGGCCCUCUUGUUUAAGCUGACGAUACUUUUACAUAUUGUUUUGAUGAUAUUUUUCAAAUCAUCAAUUAUCAUGCAUUUUUGUGACCUAUGUUAGCUUUUAAAUUUUAUGAUAUUGAUGGAUGAGUGUACAUGCAAAAUGAAUUUCACUGAUUUAUACUUCUGGUAAAAAUCCUAAUCAUUUAUCUCCUUGAAAACUCGGACGGGUUUGAAACUGGUAAAAAUCCUAAUCAUUUCAAAUCGAAUUUGUUUAGUGUGUUUGUCGUAAAUAUUGUGCUACUGUUACUCCUAUUGUUGUAGAUACUGUGUAUUUAAAUUUAUAUAGAAUGCCAUAUUGGAAAUAAGUUGUAUUUAUACUAUGUACUCUUAAUAUGUCACCUUCUUAAAAUAAAGUUAUUAUUAUUAUUA